CCCUCGGCCCUUGGAGGCGGCCUAGGAGUGCGCUCUGGGAGAGCGGCGAGGCCAAUAUGGCUUCCUACACCUGGUGACGGUUGAAGAAACUGUUAGGUCUCAUGGAGAAGCCCCGGGGCGUCGAGGAGACUCCGUCUUCAGAACCGAUGGAAGAGGAAGACGAAGACCUGGAGCUCUUUGGCGGCUAUGACAGUUUCCGGAGUUAUAACAGCAGCGCGGGCAGUGAGAGCAGCUCCUAUCUUGAGGAGUCAAGUGAAGCAGAACAUGAGGAUCGGGAAGCAGGGGAGCUGCCCACCUCCCCGCUGCAUCUGCUCAGUCCUGGGACACCGCGAUCCUUAGACGGCAGUGGUUCUGAGCCAGCUGUCUGUGAGAUGUGUGGGAUCGUGGGUACCAGGGAAGCCUUCUUCUCCAAGACCAAGAGAUUCUGCAGCGUCUCCUGUUCCAGGAGCUACUCCUCCAACUCCAAGAAAGCCAGUAUCUUGGCGAGAUUACAGGGAAAACCACCUACCAAGAAGGCCAAAGUCCUGCACAAAGCUGCCUGGUCUGCCAAAAUUGGAGCCUUCCUCCACUCCCAGGGGACAGGACAGCUUGCCGACGGGACCCCAACCGGGCAGGACGCACUGGUCUUGGGUUUCGACUGGGGGAAGUUCCUGAAGGAUCACAGUUACAAGGCUGCUCCUGUCAGCUGCUUUAAGCAUGUCCCACUCUAUGACCAGUGGGAGGAUGUGAUGAAGGGAAUGAAGGUGGAGGUACUCAACAGCGACGCCGUGCUCCCCAGCCGGGUGUACUGGAUUGCCUCGGUCAUCCAGGCGGCAGGGUACCGGGUGCUGCUCCGCUAUGAAGGCUUUGAAAAUGAUGCCAGCCAUGACUUCUGGUGCAACCUGGGGACUGUGGAUGUCCACCCCAUCGGCUGGUGUGCCAUCAACAGCAAGAUCCUGGUGCCCCCGCGGACCAUCCAUGCCAAGUUCACCGACUGGAAGGGCUACCUCAUGAAACGCCUGGUGGGCUCCAGGACGCUGCCUGUGGACUUCCAUAUCAAGAUGGUGGAGAGCAUGAAGUACCCCUUUCGGCAGGGCAUGCGGCUGGAGGUGGUGGACAAGUCCCAGGUGUCCCGGACCCGCAUGGCCGUGGUGGACACAGUCAUUGGGGGCCGCCUGCGGCUCCUCUACGAGGAUGGCGACAGUGACGACGACUUCUGGUGCCACAUGUGGAGUCCCCUGAUCCACCCUGUGGGCUGGUCCAGGCGAGUCGGCCACGGCAUCAAGCUGUCAGAGAGGCGCAGUGACAUGGCCCACCACCCCGCCUUCCGGAAGAUCUACUGUGACGCUGUUCCUUACUUGUUCAAGAAGGUUCGAGCUGUCUACACAGAAGGUGGCUGGUUUGAGGAGGGGAUGAAACUGGAGGCCAUCGACCCCCUGAAUCUGGGCAACAUCUGCGUGGCGACCAUCUGCAAGGUACUCCUAGAUGGUUACCUGAUGAUCUGUGUGGACGGGGGGCCCUCCACAGAUGGCUCUGACUGGUUCUGUUACCAUGCUUCCUCCCACGCCAUCUUCCCAGCCAACUUCUGCCAGAAGAAUGACAUUGAGCUCACACCCCCGAAAGGGUACGAGGCUCACACUUUCAGCUGGGAGGUCUACUUGGAGAAGACCAAGGCGAAGGCAGCUCCAUCGAGACUCUUCAACAUGGACUGCCCCAACCACGGCUUCAAGGUGGGCAUGAAGCUAGAGGCCGUGGACCUGAUGGAGCCCCGGCUCAUCUGCGUGGCCACUGUGAAGCGGGUGGUGCACCGACUCCUUAGCAUCCACUUCGAUGGCUGGGAUAGCGAGUACGACCAGUGGGUGGACUGCGAGUCCCCGGACAUCUACCCCGUCGGCUGGUGUGAGCUCACCGGCUACCAGCUCCAGCCACCUGUGGCUACAGAGCCCACCACACCUUUGAAAGCCAAAGAGGCCACAAAGAAGAAAAAGAAACAGUUUGGGAAGAAACGAAAAAGAAUACCACCGGCCAAGACACGGCCCCUCAGACAGGGGUCCAAGAAGGCCCUGCUGGAGGAGGACCUGCAGGCGGCGGAGAAGGUGCCAUCGGAGCCCACUCCUGAUGAGAUCAUCACCGUGCGUGUGAAGGAAGAGCAUUUGGACGUGGCCAUGGCCGACAAGGCCCCGAGUCCGGAGCUGCCUGUCCCCGUCGAGAACAUCAAACAGGAGAUGGAUGACUGAGCCUUCCUCGCUGCCAGCCGGAAGCCAGCCUAGGGCGCCUCUCUCACCACCACGCCAACCUACUUUACUUUGGAGACUGAGCCUUCCUCGCUGCCAGCCGGAAGCCAGCCUAGGGCGCCUCUCUCACCACCACGCCAACCUACUUUACUUUGGAGACUGAGCCUUUUUGCAUAAAUUUUGCCUGGUGCUGUGGGGGCCAGGCACCCAAGGAGCAGCCAGGGUCUCCUCUGGCCUCUGGCCUCCUCUCCUGCAAGGCCAUGAGAUGGGGGCUACCUGUGAGCACCUCCCUGUCCAGCGAGAGCUCCUGAAGCUCUUCCUCACUCGUCCCCUCCACUCCCCCACACUGCUCCAUUGGCAGGGUGGGGGCUACACAUGGCAGGCAAGUUGGCUAAUGGUUAGGCCCACGCAGAUCUCGAGGUGGGGACAGUCACCUGACAGACGUGAGUGGUGCCAGGGGUAUAGCCUCUGCCCCAGACACCAUGUGGAACGGCCCCUCCUGCCUGGGUUGGGGCUCUGCUCUUCCUGGCACCCCCAGGAGGUUGGGGAGCCCUGUACCGGCGCCCAGCUCUGGCAGGCAGCUGAGCAGCAGUGACCAUCAUAUAGGUCCCGGUGACUUGUGAGGUGGCCUUGAUCUGUUUUCCCUUGGCAUGAGUACUGACUCCAUUUCCAAGAGGAGCAGAGGCAAGGUCUGCCCCCUAGGAAAGGGAGCUUGCCAGGGCCUCAGGUGGGGGAGACCACACCAGUCCCUGUGCCACGGGAAGGGGGGGUGGGUCUGGGUGUGUGCACAUGUUUGUGCACACGCAUGCAAGCAUCCCCUGAGAGAGAAGGUGCCACCAUUGUUGAACUUAACCCACUCUGGAGCCCAGCUGGACUAGGACCUGUCCUUUUCUUUCUCCCUUUCUCUUAACCAGGAACAGGUCUGGCCUUGCCAGAAAGUCUCGGGGCCUCGACAUGGGAUGGUCCACCCUGCUGGCUGAUGUGGCCCUGAAGGAGCUCCUGGAGGCAGGGACAUGCUUCUUGGUCCUUUCCCUCACUGUGCAUGUCCUUCACUCCAUAAUAUAUUUUGAUUCUGCUGCUCCUCUGAAAGUACAUUCUAGAAGUUCACCUAGCGUCUGCCCACAUUUCAGCUGCUUCUGUUCUGCAAUUAAGUCUCCUUUGAAGCUGUCUUCUCCCUCUGACCCACCGUCUCUUCAGGAGACCUGGCACCUAAGUGGUGACAGGCUGCUGUCCUCAGCCCCUCUUGCCUUCCAUGUGUUUGAGUAGAGACAGCAUGGCUGGGUGUGUCCCUGUGUUACCCUGUAAUAGCUGCCACAGUCCGUGCCUGCCGGAUGGGAUGCUGACCUUGGGUGUGUAGAGGACCCUGCUGUUGGAUGUCAUCCCGGAGAUGGGCGACCAGCCCAAGGGGAGCCAAUUUCAGUUCAGAGAGAACCAGAUCUUUUGUCCUUUCCUAAAGGCACUGUGCAGGCUCAGGUGGAAUAGAAACGAGGCCUAGGAAGGCCCCUCUUGCAGCCUGAACUCCCUAAAUGUGACGGGCUGUGCCUCCCCUCACCCGCCUCAUGGUGAUGGAGGAAGGUGGCUGACAGUGGCGUGCAGUUCCACAGCCUGCUCGCAUGGCCUGCCUUUGUUGAGGGUGAUUGCCCAGCUGAGAAGAAUCAUUGUCCCCGCUGCUCUUCCCUUUAAAGGAUCAAGUUCUGACUGAAGAGCUUCUGGGGUGAUGGGACUUGUUUGGCCUUCCGUUUUGCUUCUUCCUGAGUGCAGAAGUUGAUGCCCACAGUGCCUGAGCACAGCACGCAGGGCUAGGGGGCAAGUUCAGCCGCCGGGCCAGCCCCAGAUGGGCUUCCCACACUUAAGUCCUGUGAGACGAUUAAAUCCCUUUCUUGCUGCCGUCA